UCUCGAUUGGACACUAAAUUAUACCAUAAAGCUAUCGAUUAUAAGGGGGAUUCAAAAGUUUAGUCGGGCUAAUCCGAAGACUACUUUUAAUAAAAUAAAAAUGAUUAUUUGGCUGAAAGGGCCAUUCAGUACUAUGCUAACGGUGAACCAGACGAAGAACAUCCUGCUCGAUGGAGCCUCCAUUAAGGAAGAGCCCUAUACAACUCCGCAGGACAGCGAGGAAUUCUUUGAGAGUCUGGACAAACCGGCAAAGGAGCCUACCAAACUGGCACCCAGAAACACCUUCAUUCGAGCCGGUGUGUUGACCACAGUUAGGGGUUCCGCCUACAUGGAGUAUGGAAACACCAAGGUUCUGGCUAUUGUGGCCCCGCCAAAGGAGCUAAUCCGCGCCAGCGCCCGCAGAAUGAACAUGGGCGUGCUAAAUUGCUAUGUGAAUUUCGCGGCCUUCGCUACAGGGGAUUUGAAUUCGGUGCCGGAACGUGAACGCCACCUGGGCAGCAUGCUGACCAAGGCCAUGGAGCCGGUGGUGUGCCGCACAGAGUUCCUUAACUUUCAGCUGGACAUACGGGUGCUUAUUCUGGACGAUGACGGCUGCCUACUCAGCACGGCCAUUAAUUGCUGCGGAGUGGCUUUAGUGGAGUGCGGCAUUUCCACCUACGAUUUAAUAACAGCCUCCACGGCAUGUAUCUAUCGGGAUCACGUCUUCAUUAAUCCCAGUGCCAAGGUUGAGGAGUUGCUCUGGAAGCACCGCGGCAACAGCAACACCGAUAGCACAACCAGCCCAUCAUCUGUCCAGGAGCACGGCCUUAUCAUUACCGCCAGCAUGGACACCUUUGAACAGAUCGCCCAGUGCCAGCAGUGUGGAUAUCUGAGUCCUGCCACCUAUGUGAAGCUGCUGGACUACACCUUGGCCAUCAACAAGUCCCUGAGACAACUAGUCAGAGACGUACUCACAAAGCGGGUGAAGGAGCAGCAUGAACUGGAUCUACGCGAAAAGGCCGAGAGCGCUCUAGACGAUCAGCGGUUGGAGGAGAUAAUCGAGAAGCUAAAGAAGCAAGGACCGGAAGAGUUUAUACAGUCGAACAUACGAGAAGAUCCCUAUGUAAAAAGGCAUUAGUAGAUUGAAAAUAAAUCAUAAUGAUACAUAUCCUUAA